AUGAAGAAGACAUGUCAAUGUGAGAGGUUCACAUGCCGCCUGCUGGCUCAGUUCGGAGAAGUGUCAAAGUUGCUGAGACCGGUUAUGUUGAACAUGGCAAUGACGUUGACAGCGUGGAUUUAUGUGUAUAAGAUGAAAACUGACGAACGCCUAUCAGCAAUGUUUCUAAUGAGUGGAAACAGCACCACUGGGAAUAAAUACCAUGAUGGCAUUAUAAAUGCAUUUAGUGCGAUGAUAGUCCUUGCUAUAGUCUCUUUUUCUAUGCUGCUAUUAGCACUCUGGGACUGUCGGAGACUCGUUCAGCUUUGGUUGCACAUGUCCUGUCUACUUAUACUUUUUGCCGUAUCGGGAGGAUUUUUUUAUGAUCUACUGAAAUGCUUGCAUGUUAGUGAGGAAAAGAUCAUUUAUGAAUGGCUUCCUGGGCUUGUAACAGCAUACGGUGGCUUUGGCUGCAUAGCGUUCUUCUACCACGGUGCUCCUCUUCUUCUUCAUCAGUUCUUUGUGUUGUCCAAUUGUAGCCUCGUAUCACUGUUUUACCUUCGUUCUUUUCCUGGCUAUACGGCGUGGUUUGUACUGUGGUGUGUGGCCCUUUGGGAUAUUUUCGCUGUCCUUGCGCCAAUAGGCCCUUUACGAAAGGUGCAAGAAAAAGCUGGCGACUACAGCCACGAUGUUCUACGGUUUCUGAUGUUUACAGCUGAUGUAAAACAAUCAGCCAAAGUUGAAGAAGCCUCAGAAAGCAACGAGGAAGAGUCAGACAAAGAUGAGGUAAAGGCUGAGGAAGAAAAAGGUAUCGCUGACCAUCCGCCUGCUUCUGACUCCUCCACGUUCACGCUUACUACUGAAGAAAGUGAAGAUGAAACGUUGCCACAAGUUGAAAAGCCGUUGCUAAGAAGACGGAUACGACAGGCAGCAGGCGCAGAUACUGCAGAGGUGUUGGAGGGCAAGGUUGAAGAAGAAAGAAAGAGAAACGCUGGGAAAAAACAAGCCGAGCGAAGGGUCAAGAAAGACAAGAACAGCGACCUUAGUUCAGAGGAUGAAGUCCACGUUGAACUUCAAUCAGAAGUUGAUGGUACAUCUGUGGCAGUACAAAACGAAGAUGAAAGUCCGUGGGAUAAAAAGUACCACAUCGAUGACAAAGAGGCUUUGAGCAUGUCACAACACAAGAAAGUGCUCGAAAGCUCGUCGUCUUCUUCUUGUAGCGGCAGUUAUGACCUUUCAACCACUGGUGAGGAUUCAGACGAUAUCGAGAGAGCCUCUGUAACAGCGGCUGAUGCGUUGAAUGAUGCUAAUUCUCUACGUCUUGGAAUGGGCGAUUUCGUAUUCUACAGUGUCCUCGUAGGACAAGCCGCUACUACAGGGAGCAUUGGAGCAACGAUCGCAGCUGCAUUGGGCGUAGUUUAUGGUCUCUUGGUCACACUAACUUAUUUCAGUAAUGGGGACGAAACGACGCCAGCUCUUCCGAUAUCUAUUGUUCUUGGUACCAUCUUCCAUUUUGGAUACAUUUUGAUGGAGCCGUACAUUAUGCAUUGUACGGAUCUCACAAUUCACUUUUUGUUCGACGAAGGUGUUCCCUAUUAA